AAAAACCCCGGCCAUGACGUCAGCAGUAAAACCUGCUCCGGGUGGGUGUCUGUCUGUCUGUCUGUCUGUCGGGGAGCGAAGUGUGUUUGGCAUGCCACUGGUGUCGGAGUUUUCUCCCCCCCCCUUCCCCGGGUCUGUCGUUUGUCUUUUGUUGAGUGUUUUUGUCGUUUUGUAACGUUAGUCGCCAGGGUUUUCCGUUGUCAAUUAAGAAAGCCAGCCCUUUGGCCGAUUAGCGGGAUGUUUUAGAAAAACUCCCCGAAGCGCUCUUUGAGGAACCGGUGGACGGCGGACGCCACCGGAGAUGGAUAAGCUAACCGAUAGCUGAGUUAGCCGAGAAUCACAGGUCAAGAAUAGGUUCGAGCUAGCAUGCUAAGAGUUAGCUAAUUUAGCAUUUUAUCAGCUAACUAAGUGACUUUGUUAAACUGUAUCGUCAAACUUACUGUCGGUUAUUCCUCGGCCCUGGCUGCUACACAGUGAAUAGUUUAUCAGAGGCCAGCUAACCCCAGAGGAAGACUCGCUCUGUGUUACAAGGAAGAGGCAGAGGAGUAUUGUUGAGAGGUGGCUGUUGCUCAUCUCUCAGCCCAGACCAAGAGCAUGCUGUCCAACGCACAGAACCAGCCACUGUUUCCCAUCCUGGCCGGGCAGCAGAACCCUACGGGCCAGUACUUACCCUUCCACGCCAGACCCACCUUACAAAUCAAGAACGGCGCCAUAACAGACGACUACAAGGUGACCAGCCAGGUGCUGGGGCUGGGUAUCAAUGGCAAGGUGCUUGAAAUCUUCCAGAGGAAGACUGGAGACAAGUAUGCGCUGAAGAUUCUGCAGGAUUGUGCCAAGGCCCGUAGGGAAGCAGAGCUCCACUGGAGGGCGUCACCUUGUGCCAAAAUUGUGCGCAUCAUUGACGUCUAUGAGAACCUCUAUCAGAGCAGGAAGUGUCUGCUCAUUGUCAUGGAGUGCAUGGAUGGUGGUGAGCUUUUUAGUCGAAUCCAGGACAGAGGAGACCAGGCCUUCACAGAGAGAGAGGCAUCUGAUAUCAUGAAGAGCAUAGGUGGCGCAAUACAGUUUUUGCAUGCAAACAACAUUGCACACAGAGAUGUCAAGCCAGAGAAUUUACUGUAUUCCACGAAGAGGCCCAAUGCCCUGCUCAAACUCACAGACUUUGGCUUUGCCAAGGAAACCACCUCACACAACUCUUUAGAUACUCCCUGCUACACACCCUACUAUGUUGCUCCAGAGGUUCUGGGCCCAGAGAAAUAUGACAAGUCAUGUGACAUGUGGUCGUUGGGUGUCAUCAUGUAUAUCCUGUUGUGUGGGUACCCUCCUUUUUAUUCUAACCAUGGUCUAGCCAUCUCUCCUGGGAUGAAGAAGAGGAUUAGGAUGGGCCAAUAUGAGUUUCCCAACCCUGAAUGGUCUGAUGUAUCAGAAGAUGCUAAAAAACUGAUUAGGACCCUACUAAAGACUGAACCGACCCAAAGGAUGACCAUCACAGAGUUCAUGAAUCAUCCAUGGAUCAAUCAGUCAAUGGAGGUUCCCCAGACCCCACUUCACACCAGCCGUGUACUAAUGGAGGAAAAGGACACAUGGGAGGAAGUCAAGGAGGAAAUGACCAGUGCCUUGGCAACAAUGAGGGUUGACUACGAGCAAAUCAUGAUCAAGCCCAUUGAGAACUCAACCAAUCCACUGCUAAAGAAACGGAGGAAGAAAGCCAGUAACGCCAUGGUGGACCCAUAGUCUGCUGCUCACUGAAAGAUGCACGCAUGCAUGCACAUAUAAACACAGGUUGUAAAAAGGAAGCAAUAAUUUGUCGACAUGUGAGUCGCAUUGCAUGGAUUUUUCAGUGUUUUAUUUUUUCAUGGCAAAUUCUAAUGUUUUGUAGGAGUGUUUGUUUUUAUUACUCUACCAUUUUAACAAACCCACCACUCUGCUCUGGCAGAGAAGAUGUGGAUCUGUGUUUUUACACCAGUGAAGAGAUUAUGAAUUCUAGAAAAGGGGAGGAGAGGGAAUCGGUGAGAUCUCUCUCCUCCCCUUUCCCAAUUAUCAGGUUGUGUACUCAGAGGGGCUUGAAUGUUGGAAUAGGACAUGAAGCCUUAGCAUUUGCAGUAGUACUCUUUCACCCCACAGCCCUGUUCUAGCUCUAACCCCAAACCUGUGAAUGUUAAAUCAAAUGGCUAAAUCCCAAAAAUAAAAGCAAGGGAAGGUUUCUUUUACGUACAUGCAAAGUAAGCAGAUGUAUUUUGAACUGACAAGGAGAAUGUAAGGACUCUGUCCCUGACUGUUGGAAUGAGCUGGAAAUAGUCACUCAUUUCUGGGACUUGGACUGAGAGUGUCUGUCAGGUUCAGUUUUUCUUUGUGAAUGUUGACCAGAGGCCUAUGCACUCACACAAGGGCCAUGUGCCAUUCAGACAGAGCACCUCACUCAUGGCCCCUCUCUCCUAUUUUAAUCUAUCCUUGUUUUUCAGGUACAUAGUUUUAGGGCAGAGAAGGACGGCACAUUUAAGAACAGAAACUGGCUCUUCUUUCUCCUCCAUGUAGCUCAUAGGAGAGUAGGAGCCAUCUGAUACUGUAUUAUUUCAUGGAUUUUAUGAAAAUUUUAGCAUAGGCCUUACUGAGUGUUUCUAAAGCAACAUAUUACUUUUAACCCCUACCUACCAUUUGGUUCAGGCUUUUACCAAUGUUAUACUUAAGAAUUUAUAACAUUGCCAGAUCAUAUAUCAGGUUAAUGCUAUGCAGAUGUGUUUGUCAGCUUGAAGUACUGCUGGGGCCUUUUUGUUAUUGUUGACUUCUCUUUGCAGAUGUGUUGGAGAGAUGUCAAGCAACAAUUUGUGUGUUUUUAUGUAAGCAGUAGCACCCUCUAAGGGAGUACAUGGUUUAGAAUGGUCAUUUAGAGUUUCUGUUGGUUACACCAGCUCAACUGUCAGGAGUCUCAGUGGGACUAAUCUUGGUCAAUGCCAGUGUUCUCCAACACUUCUCCACACUUCCUGGAGGAUUGAUAGGAAGGAGAAAGUACUUAAGAACUGUUCCUCUUCCCCGAGCAGAAUCUGACAUACCACCAGCAAGCUGUCAUCACAUUCACAGAGGAUGUGAUGGUUGGUUCCUCUUCAAUGUUCUGUUAAUGCAGCAGGACACUUUCCAGCUCACUUGGGAUCAUGGGAAAUGAUUGUGUUACUUUGUCAGUUUGGUCCACUUCACUUUGUAAUUUCACAUCCACAUUACCUGUCGCAUUGCACCUACAAAUCUCUCACUGUAAAAAUGUUCAUUGAAUGUUUGGGGCAAUGAUCCCUCUGUUUCUGUUUUUUUGUUUGUUUUUGUUUUGUUUUUGUUUUUUGUUUUUUUAAAUCCCUCAACACUUUUUUGUAGUGGAAGCACAGACGUGUUUG